ACCCAGAUAAAACACAGACUAUAGCUGCAGAUAGAACCAUCUAUACUGGCAUUUCCUAUCACCCUAUAUUAUUCCACUCACGGUACUUAUGCAAAUUUUGGAUAUCGAUAUCUGGUUGCUGUUUACUCCCCCUCUGCAAGUAUCGACCAGUUCAUCAGGAUGGGCUUAACCGAAGACGAUGUACAAAACGUAGCUGUAGCCCUGGGAUAUACGAUUGCCAAAGCCGAGCUAGACGAUUAUACUCAACUGCUCAAUAAGGCACGUCAAAAUUUUGAGGCCGUGUCGGCCAUGGAUGACUACCAGCCAACCCCUGACCUCACCCUCACAUCCCGUGCGAACAUCCACUUCCCCACCAACUCCACCAACUCCCUCAACGCCUGGGCAUGGCGCUGCGAGUGCACUCACACAACCCCCCCCUCCACGACUCUCAAGCAUAAAACCCUUUGCCUCAAAGACAACAUCGCCCUAGCCCAGAUCCCCUGCCUUCUCGGCACCACCUCUUUCACUGACUGGACGCCCCAAAUCGACGCCACAGUAGUGACCCGCAUCCUCGAAGCAGGCGGCACCAUCGCUGGUAAAUCCGUCUGCGAGAACCUGUCCCGGGGCGCGGUGAGCGUGACCGCCUCCACAGGCCCCGUGCACAACCCCUAUGCGCAUGGCUAUUCAGCGGGAGGGAGUAGUUCCGGCACGGGGGCGUUGGUCGGGGUUGGAGAGGUGGAUAUGGGACUGGGAUGUGACCAAGGCGGGAGUAUACGGAUCCCCGCGGCGAUGUGUGGGGUGUACGGACUCAAGGCGACGACGGGGUUGGUGCCGUAUACAGGAAUUGCGAGUCUGGAUGCGAGUGUGGAUUUUGUGGGGCCGAUGGCGAGGACGGUGCGGGAUUUGGCAGUGUUAUUAGAGGUUGUUGCGGGCGCGGAUGGGUUGGAUGAUAGGCAGGGGGCCGGAUGUCCUUUGAGGGGGGAGGUGCCAAGGUAUGCCGAGGUUUUGGAGGAGGGGAAGGAAAGGGGGGUCAAGGGGAUGAGGAUUGGGGUUUUGAGAGAGGGGAUUGCGAGUCCGGAUUUGGAUGAGGAAGUAAAGAGGAAGUUCCUGGCUGCGGCGAAGGAGUUUAAGCGUCUGGGGGCGGUGGUCGAGGAAGUUAGUGUGCUGAUGCAUGAGAAGGCGAAGGUGAUAUAUACCGUUAUGAGCAAGAUGGGGAAUCAUAUGGGCAUGCAGGGCAAAGCGACCGGGAGGAGACAGCUCAUGAUGACGGACCUCUUGCAGAAGAAGAACCUUCCCUACUCCCAGGAUGCUCUAGAGAAGAUGAGCGUUUUCAGCAGGGAGGGUUUGCUUGCGGGCGAGAUGGGGUGGGCCGAGUAUCCGUAUGUGUAUCCCAAAGCGGUCAACUUGAGCCGGAAGUUGAGAGAUUGCUAUGAUGAGGCGCUGGGGAAGUACGAUGUGCUUAUCAUGCCGACGACGUUGCGGCCAGCGAGCCCGUUGCCGGAUGUUGGGGCGGAUCCGUUGACGCACAUAGCGGCUGGGAAGGGCUUGACGGAUAAUACGUCUGCUUUCAAUGCCAGUGGACAUCCAGCACUUGCUAUGCCUAUUGGGUUUGUGCCGUCGAAGGCAGAUCCUACGAUCAGAUUACCUACAAGUAUGCAGAUCGUCGGGCGCUUUUGGGAGGAGAGCAAGGUGCUGAAGGUUGCGUAUGCCUGGGAGAAGGCAAUCGACUGGAAGCAGUUUUAGGACCAAGCAGAAGGGUGAACAGCUGUUCCUAACUUCGAUAAUAAGCAAGCAUGGACUUGGAAUCAGGUUGGUUUCGUCUCACUGGAGGAGUCUAUUCGGCACCUCCAUUUCGGCUUGCCUCCGGGUUCGGAAUCAACGCCGAUUCGCUUUGAGUCACAUCUACUCCUAGGUUCCCAGAAAAUCAGUCCGACAUGCAGCUCCAGCUACACCGAAAUAAGAAAUCUCAG